AUGACACAGAGCAAAGCUCGCCACCAUGCGUACAGUGCUAAACUCAACAAGCCGUUCAAAUUCAACUCCAAGCCCUUUGUUCUUCAAUAUGAGGUUCAAUUUCGAAACGGCCAAGAGUGUGGCGGUGCCUAUCUUAAGCUUCUCGCUGCUCCUUCGGGUGAUCUCAGCAAGCUGAACGACAAGUCACAGUACUCGAUCAUGUUCGGCCCUGACAAGUGCGGAAACGAGAACAAGCUGCACUUUAUUUUCAACCACAAGAAUCCCAAGAACGGAACCAUUUCCGAGAAGCACUGGAAAAAGGCCGGUAGCGUUAGCAAAUUAGAGGAAGUUUUCAAAGACGGCCGCUGGCAUCAGUUGAAGCUUGAGAUCUAUCCGGACAACUCGUUCAAAGUGUCAGUUGACAAGCAAGUCGCCCAGUCUGGUCUGCUUCUGGAAGAUUUCAAGCCACCAGUUAACCCGCCCAAGACUAUUGACGACGUUAACGACUUCAAGCCGGAAGACUGGGAUGAGCGUGAGAAAAUUCCCGAUCCUGAUGCAGUUAAACCUGACGACUGGGACGAGUCACAGCCACGCAAAAUCUCAGACCCCAAUGCCUUCAAGCCUGAAACCUGGGAAGAGGAUGAGCCCGACAUGAUUGCUGAUCCCGAGGCUAAACAGCCUGCCGAUUGGGACGUUGAAAUGGACGGUGAAUGGGAAGCUCCUCUGAUCUCCAAUCCCAAGUGCGCCUCCAUUGCUGGAUGUGGCAAGUGGUCGGCUCCUUUGGUGGACAACCCCAAGUACAAGGGCAAGUGGAAGGCUCCUCUGAUUGCCAAUCCUGCCUACAAGGGCAAAUGGACUCCGCGCAAGAUCCCGAACCCCGAUUUCUACGAGGACUUGACUCCCUUCAAGACUCUUGCUACCAUUGAUGCCGUGGCCUUCGAGUUGUGGACCAUUUCGGACAACAUUGCCUUCGACAACAUUCUCAUCACCGACGACGUUGAGAUUGCCAACCUGGUUUCUUCACUGACCUAUGAGGUCAAGAAGGAAAUGACCGACCAGGAGACCGACAACAUCCUCAUCAAGGCAAUGAAGCACGCCAACAAGAAUCCGUGGAUGUGGGCGGUCUACCUGUUUGCCAUUGGCAUUCCAGUUGUGCUUUUUAUUGCCUUCUGCUGUGUUUCUCCGAUCAAGAGUAAGGAGAAGCGCCAAGAGGAUGCUUACGAUGCUGCUCGAGCUAAAAAGGGCGAUUACACUUCUCCGGACGUCAUUCCAGAGAACGAUGAAAUCACCGAGGAAGAGCCUCUGAUCGAGGAGAUCGAGGAGGAAGAAGAGGAACCGGAGCCGGAGCCUCAGAAGGAUCAGGAUGACGGUGAGGAGACCGAAGAAGAAGAGGAGGAGGCCGAAGAGGAAGAAGUGGUGGAGGUCACCAACAAGGCCGUUCGCACCUCUCCUCGCCAGCGUCGUCCUCGCAAGGAGUAA